AUGACAUUUCCAUUAUUACCAGUUGUGGAAUCGCUCCAAGAUAUACAAAGACUUUCUGUCAUUGGACAAUAUUUGAUUCCAUUUGGAAGUUUCCAGAUCUCCAAGUAUUUCGUUAGUCAAUUCCCACACCAUGCUCAGAUUAACGUUGACGCUAGUGGGUCAGAUAUCAGCGUUGAAGAAGUUAUUGAAUUGUUAAACAACGGUAUCAACCAAAUUGUAAUUAAAGAUAGUCAAGCUUCUCAGAUCAUAGUAGAGGCAGGGUUACCAGAAAGUAGGUUUAUUGUCACCGGUCUGAGCGGUACUGUUUCUUCAGACAUCUUGGUGGACGAUGAGGUUUCUGAUGUAAAGCUGGUCAGCCAGUCUGGCAACAAAAUAAUAUAUAUUAGUGCAAGAAAGGACGUUUCUCAAUCUGAAGUUGAAACAUUGGUUGCAAAGGGAUACGUUCCUGUUGUUUCUUCAAGUAAGUUACUGACUUCGGUAGAGUCACCAAGUGGUCAAUUAUCCAUCUCAUCUAUCUUUGUCAACAGCUUGACUACAGAUCGUCCAGAUGGCUUAUACACCACCUUGAUCACCACACCAGCUCCUUCCUACACUGCAUUGGGUGUUGUUUACUCGUCCAAGGCCUCUAUCAAAGCUGCCAUCGCUGAAAGUGAAGGUGUUUACCAAUCGCGCAAGCGCCCAGAAGAAUUGUGGUACAAGGGUAAGACAUCUGGUGCUACUCAGAAGCUUGUUAAGUUAGAGAAGGAUUGUGACUCCGAUUUGGUGAAAUUCAUCGUUGAGCCAAGAAAGGGCUAUGGAUUCUGCCACUUGGAAAACAACUUUACUUGCUUCAAUGAUAGACAGUUAAAUGGCAGUGAUGCUACUCCAGGAUCAGGUUUGAGCAAAUUGGACUCAACUUUGUUUGAAAGAUCCCAGUCUGCCCCAGAAGGUUCCUAUACCAAGAGGUUGUUUGGCGAUGAAAAUUUGUUAGUUGCCAAGUUGAAGGAAGAAUUGGAUGAAUUGAUCGAAGCUGGUCAAAACAAAUCCAAAGACGGUAAUGAAGUAUCCUGGGAAGCCGCAGACUUAUUGUAUUUUGUCAUGGUCUGGUGUAUCAAGCAUGGUGUUAGAUUGUCUGAUGUAGAAAAGAACUUAGAUAUCAAGAGCGGAAAGGUCACUAGAAGAAAGGGCGAUGCCAAGAAGCAAUAUAUUAAAGAAGAACAAGCUGCACCAAAGGAGCCUGAAACUGCCCUUUACCAAAUGGAAACCAUUUCCGUCAAGGGUGGUGAUGAAGCUGCUAUCGAAAAAGCUUUAACAAGACCAGUUCAAAAGACUGCCGAUAUAAUGAAGCUUGUCUUACCAAUUAUUGAUAAGGUUAAGAAGGAAGGAGACAAAGCUUUAGUUGAAUUGACAGCUAAAUUUGAUGGAGUAGAGUUAACGUCUCCAAUAUUGAAGGCCCCAUUCCCUCAAGAAUUAAUGAAUAUCAGCGAAGAAAUGAGAGAAGCUAUUGAUUUAUCCAUGUCUAAUAUUGAAAAAUUCCAUAGGGCCCAACAACCAAAGGAAGAAGUUAUGACUGUUGAAACUGCACCAGGUGUGUAUUGUUCUCGUUUUGCUAAGCCAAUUGAGAAUGUUGGAUUAUACGUUCCAGGUGGUACUGCAGUUUUACCUUCAACUGCCAUGAUGUUGGGUGUUCCAGCUAAAGUUGCUGGCUGCUCAAAUAUCAUCUUGGCUUCUCCACCUGCAAGAGCCACAGGUAAGUUGACACCAGAAGUCGUUUACGUUGCUCAUAAGUUAGGUGCCACUUGUAUCGUUAUGGCUGGAGGUGCUCAAGCAGUUACCGCUAUGGCUUAUGGAACUGAUAGUGUUAUCAAGUGUGACAAGAUUUUGGGUCCUGGUAACCAAUUCGUGACUGCUGCUAAGAUGUAUGUUCAAAAUGAUACACAAGCCUUAUGUUCGAUAGAUAUGCCAGCAGGUCCAUCUGAAGUCUUAGUUAUUGCAGAUGGUAAGGCAGAUGCUGAUUUCGUUGCUUCUGACUUGCUUUCCCAAGCAGAACAUGGUAUUGAUUCUCAAGUUAUUCUUAUUGGUGUUGACUUAACUGAACAAAAGCAACUAGAAAUUUCUGAAGCUGUCAGAAGACAAGCUGAAGUCCUCCCAAGAAAGGAAAUCGUUGCUAAGUGUUUGGCUCACUCUUACACCUUGCUUGUAGAUACUUAUGAAGAGGCAUUCAAAAUGUCUAACCGCUAUGCUCCUGAGCAUCUAAUUUUACAAAUCGAGAAUGCCCCAAGUUAUGUGCCAAGUAGCAUUGAAAACGCUGGGUCAGUAUUUGUAGGAGGAUUGUCACCUGAAUCAUGUGGUGACUACUCCAGUGGUACCAACCAUACCUUGCCUACUUAUGGUUAUGCUAGACAAUACUCUGGUGUCAAUUUGGCUACCUUCCAGAAAUUCAUUACUAGUCAAGAAGUCACUGAACAAGGUUUGAAGAGCAUUGGUAAAGCAGUUAUGACUCUCGCGGCUGUUGAAGGUUUGGAAGCUCACAGAAAUGCUGUUCAAGUUAGAAUGGACAAAUUGGGAUUACAUUGA